GGCAGUGGAAGAAAGGAGCUGCUCUCGGUAAGCACAGCAGUGCCGCUGGAUCUGUCGACGACCUCAGGCUCCAGCCCCCCUCCAAAAGAAAGGAAAAAAAAAAAAAAGGAAAGCGACGUGACACCUAACGUUUUAUUUUGUAAUUUUAUUUAUUUCUCGAUGUCUCGUCGCCUCAAACAAGAUGUAACUUUUCUGACAUCACCUCAGCUACAUUCAUGCAUUUGAAAGGAGCCGGGAGCGAGUGCGCAGAGACGAGAAGCCGAGCUGUCGGAGCGAAUGGAACUUAUUGUUGUGCAUUUGUUUUGACUAUGUUAUCCCCAAGUGAGUUUGGCUUCAGUCCGUUUCUGUUCGUCGUCGACUCUUGAAUAUAUAUAUUUAUAUAUAUACAGCUGUAUAUAUAGAUAUAUAUAUAUUUCCGGGGGAUUUAAUCCGAAUUCUUCAAACGGGGAAACACCGAAGGAGGAUUCUGCAAAGCCAGCAAGCUUUUCCUUACAGAGCCGGGGAUUUAAAUCGUCCUUUGGUGGAGCUCCGGAAGAGGCGAGAGUCAAAGAAAGAAAUUCAUGUGGCCAUUCUCUCUAUAGCCAAACAUUUUUGGGGGAUUGCAUAAUGAGCAAGGAACGACCUAAGAGGAAUAUCAUCCAAAAGAAAUAUGAUGACAGUGAUGGGAUCCCGUGGUCGGAGGAGCGGGUUAUGCGAAAGGUGCUUUACCUCUCCCUAAAGGAGUUUAGGACUGCACAGAAACGGCAGCUGGAUGGGGAUGGAACCACAAACUCUAAUGGUUCCCUCGCCAAUGGGCAGCUCAACGGCUCGGGGUCAAAGGGCAGCCACAAAGAAGACGGGUCGUUGCGCCGUCAGGGCCUGAAUGGAAGCAGCGAGUACUGCGAGGACAGUCCUGCGAAAAAGAGGCCUCGGCUCCAGGCCCAGAGGAAGUUUGCCCAGUCGCAGCCCAACUCGCCCAGCACUACGCCCAUCAAAGUGGCCGACUCGGGCGGCCUGAACGCCGGCCUGUCCACGGUGCCAUCCACCUCCCUCUCGUCCCUCUCCGCUUCAUCCCUGUCCUCCAUCCAGGACCUCUCCAGGCGCAAGCCCAAGACGGAGGACUUUCUCACCUUCCUCUGCCUCAGAGGUUCUUCUGCCUUGCCCAAUAAUAUGGCCUACUUCGGAAGCUCCCAGGAGGAGGAGGACCUGGAGGAAGAGGAUGAAGAGGAGGAGGAGGAGGUGAGGAACGGAGGUGGCGUACACUCUGCGGGAAGCAGCAGCCAAGCCUCGGCCUCUUCCUCCUGCCACUCGACACCCCGCAAGGGCAAGCUUCCCGCCAGGCAGCCGCUUAAUGGGCACGUUUUUCACAGCCACAGUAAAGUGGGGACCAGGGAGAGUCCGAGGCCCAAGGGCGGCGCUCACGGCAGGGAUGCGCCUGCCCCGCCGCUGCCACCCCCUCCACCUCCACCUCCGCCCCUCCUGAGAGAACGCAGUGAGCGGGCAGAGGCACGGGAGCACGCAAGGGAGCUGCAGGCCAUGGCCAACAGUCGAGGUUCAGCCAACGGGCUGCCACUGAGGAGAACUUCAGAGGACCUGCGCAAGCAGGUCUCUAAAGUAAACGGGCUGACACGGGCGGGCUCGGCACAAGCCGUCAACGGUGCCAAAAAGAGCCGCGACUUCCGGCUGCCCUCCAAAACUGUGAAGAAGUACACAGCCACCGUGUCCAAGGGCCACGUCACCUACACCAAAGCCAAACAGAAAGAACUGGGCAAGAAAACCAAACUCAGCAGCAGCAACAAACACAACAGCGCCGCCUCGGCACCAUCGUCAGCGAACAAUCACAAUCAGCACAGCCAGCCAGCAGCCAGCAAUGGGCUGGCCAACUCAGGAAAAGCAGCGGCACCAGCCCACCACAGCAAUGCAAAAACCCGCAAACAGGUGCUACUAUCCAAUGGGCUGCACAAUGUGGCUGCCAGCGGCCGUCCCAACGGCAGGCUAAAUGGGCAGCGGCACAACACCCUGGCCAAGGAGGAUGCGCAGAAACCUUGCCAGCAGGGCCAGGGGGAGUGCCAUGGUCGAGAAGGACUGCGGAACUCCAAGCGGCGUCUGGAGGUGCUGCUCAACUCGGUGGGGACGGGGGUGGUUGAGCACAAAGCCAAAACGCAUGGCACUGAGGCCAAGAAGGCCAAGCUCCAAUCCACUCCUUUGGAGACCCGCAGCAGCAGCAAGAAGGUGGCCAAUCAAGAGAAAGCUACCACGCAAAACACCUCGUCUACCACUCCAAUUUCUAAUGGACACGAAUCAGAAACACCCCCUCCUCCUAAACAAACUCAACCUGUUACCCCACCUCCAUCUUCUACUCUCCCUCCUCAACAAACCCUGCCUCCUUCUACACCAGCAGCCAACGUGGAGCCGGUGAACCAGCGACCUAAGCGGGCAUCGGCUGGCAAGCUGAUGUUCAUACGACAAGCACAGCAGCAGCAGAGCAGGUCUCAUGGUCGGAGUGCCUCCUCCCCCUCAUUAGGCCAGAAUCACUCACCGAACCCCAGUCACGUCAGCACUACCUCAGACCCCCAACAAACCUCUGUGUCCUCCUCCACCUCUUCUCCUCUUACUUCCACCAACAGCCCUGGACAGCUCAAACCGGCAGCAUUGCGGGCUGUUGACCGUGACAAGGAGUGGGACCGUGAGAAAGAGCUGACGCGUCAGAAGGAACGCGAGCAAGAGAAGGAGUGGGAGCGCCACCGGAGUAAGCCGGAGGGCUGGGCAGCCCUGGGUGAAGUCCCCAUUUUCCGGCCGGCUCCAAGGGAGUUUCAGGACCCCCUGGUGUACUUGGAUGCAGUGAGGGAACAGGCCGAGGUGGCUGGCAUGUGCCGUGUGGUGCCACCACCAGACUGGCGACCAGAGUGUAAGCUGAGCGAGGAGAUGCGUUUUGUUACACAGGUGCAGAGGGUCCACAUGCUGGGCCGGCGCUGGGGCCCCAAUGUGCAGCGGCUGGCUUGCAUCCGCAAGCACCUUAAAUCUCAGGGCAUUACCAUGGAUGAGCCACCUGUCAUUGGUGGCUGCGAAGUGGACCUGUCUCGUUUUUUCCAGCUCAUCAAUGACAUGGGCGGCAUGCAGCAGGUGAUGGACCUGAAGAAGUGGACCAAGCUCGCUGACCUCCUGCGCAUCCCCAAGUCUGCACAGGAUCGGCUGGCCAAGCUGCAGGAGGCUUACCUGCAGUACAUCUUGUCCUACGACUCACUCGGUGCUGAGGAGCGCUUGCGGCUGCAGACUGAUGUGCUGCAGGAGAAAAAGGACCUGGAGUCUCGCCGCGGCCCUCUGGAGGGCCUCGCAGAUUCUUCAGCGCCUGGCGCUUUCUCUCUGCCACGCUACGAGCCCAAAAACGGGCUCGUGGGCGGGAUAGUGGGAGGGGCAACAGGAAACCACCGCACCAAUGGAGUGUAUCACCAUCUGAAGGAACUGGAGGCUCAGGUCAAAGCGGGCCGGCGCCGGCUCUUCGCUCAGGAAAAACAAGGCAAAGAGGACAGGCAGCAUGCGGAAGAGCACGAGGUGGAGGACAGGGGUGUUCUCAGUGACCAGCACAAAUGUAUUUACAAGGUGAGGAUGAAGACGACACUUGCUGUUUAUGGCACACAUUUGAAGCAUACAGACAAGAGGCACGGGAAAUCGGUGUCUUUGACCAACUUCUUCAGGAUAGCGCGGAACACCAUGACCAUGUGCUUUAACAAGGAACCGUCUGCUGCUGAGGUUGAGCAAGAGUACUGGAGGAUUGUGGAACAGAGAGAUUGCCAUGUGGCAGUGCAUUGUGGGAAGGUGGACACCAGUACACAUGGCAGUGGUUUCCCCACAGGAAAGUCAGAGCCAUUUUCAAAACAUGGAUGGAACCUCAAUGUCCUCCCAAAUAACUCUGGAUCCAUACUGAGGCAUCUGGGUGCUGUGCCUGGGGUGACCAUUCCCUGGCUAAACAUUGGCAUGGUCUUUUCUACCUCAUGCUGGUCUCGAGACCAAAAUCGCCUUCCAUAUAUUGAUUACUUACACACUGGUGCUGAUUGCAUUUGGUAUUCUAUCCCUGCUGAGGAGAAGGCUAAGCUGGACAAGGUGGUCCAUACACUGCUUCAGGCCAAUGGCACGCCAGGACUAGAGAUGCUGGAGAAGAAUAUCAUGAUAUCUCCAGAGGUGCUGUGCCGUGAAGGCAUCAAGGUUUAUCGUACUGUCCAGCGGAGUGGCCAGUUUGUGGUCUGCUUCCCCGGUGCCUUUGUCUCUAAAGUGUGCUGUGGCUACAGCGUGUCAGAGACGGUGCACUUCGCCACACCACACUGGAUGAACCUGGGUUACCAGGCCGCAAAGGACCUGAAAUGUCGUUGUAUAGCCAAACCCUUCUCAAUGGAGAAGCUACUGUAUCAGAUCGCCACAGCUGAGUCCAAGAGGGACAACGGCCUACUCCUCACCACCAUCUCCACCCUUCUCAAAGACCUCAGGAACAUAGAGAUGCGCCAGCGUCAGGAACUUUACAAGGCAGGUUUGCUCUCCUCUGCCCGUUAUGGCACACACGAUGGCAGCCUGGGACCCAUCGAGGGACGUAAGAAGCCUCGCGGCAAAUGGCUGACACUGGAGUCCUCAGAGAGGCGCUGCCAGAUCUGUCAACAUCUCUGCUACCUGUCCAUGGUGGUUCGGGAGACCGACAAUGUGGUCUUUUGUCUGGAGUGUGCCCUGCGCUAUGUGGAGAAGCACAAAUCCUGCAGAGGCCUUAAGAUGAUGUAUCGAUAUGAUGAGGAGCAAAUCAACAGUUUGGUGAGCCAGGUGUGCGGACGAGCCAUGUUGAAGAAUGGAGGAAGCAUCGACGCUGGAGGAGUCAUUGUUAGUGGCGGAGGAGGGGACCCCUGCCACGGCUUAAGCCCUGCCAAAGCAUCGCCAGCCAAGCGAGGACCCCGAAAACGCGCCACUGUAGAGGUGUCCCUGGCCCGCCUGUCGUCCAGCCACAUGCCCAAGGCCGCUGCCGUAUCCUGAGGCGGGACGCCUCGACAUUGCCACCCAUGUGUGCUGUGCCCACAUCCCACCACACCCCUUCCACUUCUCUGAAUCCCCGUGUUUUUGUUUUUCCACAGUAAGCAGGAUCACUAUCAAACCGCUCCUUCUUCACCGCCCGAUGUUAGAGAUUGUUUUUGAGCUUUGAAGACCCCCCUUGCCUGACCUCAGUCUACAUCUCUUUAAUAAGCAAGAGAUUCUCCUCUCCUUUAGUAAUGACAGGCUUGUUAUAAGGAAAAGGAACUAAAAAGAGAAAAGCAAGAUGUCUUUUUUGCACUAGUGUGAAAGAAGAAUUUGUUUUUAUUUUGGAUGAUUUUAGAACACACACACCUCUCUCUCUCCGAGUCAAUAUUGAAAGCAUUAAUUAUAAUGUUCACAGACUUGACAGGCCUCAUUUUACCCUUUAGCUCCACCUCCACCCUUCCUCAGCUGAUAGGAGGUUACAAUAAUUACCUUUUUCUUGCAUCACUCUUUCCUGCCCUCCUCUCGCCCAUGAUACUGAUACAUCACGUGUCCCUCAACUGUGAACACAGGAGGAAUGAAAAGGCGGCCUUCCCCCCGACUCACCACCGCUCCCUCCCUCCCAUGAUUUUGUGAAAUGAAAAUGACAUCAAGUAGUUGCCCAAAGUUUCUCUCUGUCCUUUAUUUGAGGAAGAGGAAUCACUUUUAAUGUAUUCUUGAUGCAGUUCCUGCAUAUUUUUUCUUUCUUUUUUUAUGAAAUGUGGGUUGGAGAUGCAAGGUAAAAAAAACUUGAAAGACAGAUGAUGUUGGUUUACUGUUGGUUGGCUACAAUUUGUUUUUGUUUUUUUCCCCAAGUUCAGUUUAUGAAUCUUAGCUUUCUUUUUUCGAUAGUUUUGUUUUGUCGUGAGAAAUUUUCUGUGUAUAUUUUUUAUUUUUGUCAUCAUUGUGGACGUUUUUUUUGUUUUCUGUUCGUCGGCGGACGUGAGAGGGGCAGAGCUGCAGCUGCUUGACCUGUGAAAGGUCACCUCACUUCCUUGUAGUAUGGAGGGAUCCCUUCUUCACUAGCAAGUGGAAAUGGUGCCUGAUACUUAGCAAGGAGAUCCAUUUUAUUGGUGCUGUUGGUUAUAAUUACUGUAUAACAACACAAAAUUCUUUUUAAAGGAGAAAAAAAAAAAAUCUGGGGGUUGGCGCCCGCUAUUGGUUCACUCUGCUAGCUCACGCGCCCCCCGACCCCCACAGGGCAGAAAGGCUCGUCGGGCUUUUCUGGUUCUAGAUGUGCAAUCGUGUUAACAUUCCAUUCUUCCAGUCCUCUUGUUUCAUCUGUACCAGUAAACAUUAAUAUUAUAUUAUAUUAUUAUUAUUAUUUUGGGGGUUUUUUAAGCUUUGUUGAUCUAAUGUGUUAUCUCAAGUAGAGCCACUAGUCAAAGAGUGUAAAAUGUGAAAUAUCAAAUCCAAGUUUUUCUUUCUUCUACUGCCUUUUUUUUUUUUAGCUUUUGAAUUUUUUCCCCUUUCCAGAUAUGAGUAGUUUUUUUUUUUUUUUUUUUUUUUAAAGAGCGAAGAAAAAGCCCAACACAAACAAACAUCAACUUUUUUUUGUACAUAAUCCUGUAAAUUUCUUUAAAUACUUGAGCCUUUUUUUCUGGGGUUGAGUAAGAAAGAAAGGAAGGAAGGACUAGAGAAAGAGAGAAAGUGUUCCAGAGGAGAGUGGUCGAUGAAGAAAAAGCCUUACAUUUUUCCCUUUCUUCAUCCAUGUGAGUUUGACGCUUACAGGGUUGCUCUGGUAAAUGUGUAUAAAAAUUUUAAGUGCUGCUUAUAUCACUAAGAAAGAAGAUAUCGAGUAGCCAACGACUGCCCCGCCCCCCCUUUACCUGCCCCGCCCCCUCCCUGGCCUCCUGAUCUAGUUUUGUUUGUUUAGCUUUACUUUUUUAAAGAAAAGGGAAAAAAUGAUAUGUUCACACAAAAAAAAAUGGGUUUUUACAUUUUCAUUACUGAAAAUUCAACAAAAUGUAGUAGCUACUCAUGUUGCACUGAGCUUGCCAGUGGUGACUGUCAAGGAAAAAAAAAAUCCUAUAAUCCAGUUUGUUGGUUGUUGUCCCUUGCAGAAGACUGAACUGUUUUAGGACUAUUUAAUGACAUACCAAGUCGGGUGUUUUCAACAUUAAAAAAAAAAAAAGUGGUUGUCAAGUUUUUAUGGCCUUACAAUAUAUUUUAUUCAGAUGGGAUUUUCUUUGUUUGUCCUUCAGUUUUGUUUUUUUUUUCUUUUUGUUUUUUUCCUUCCUUUUCUACAGUAUAAACUACUUUGCUCACAGUGGGGUCUUUGGUGACUUAAUUUAUUUGGUAACUCGGCCUUUCCCUUCAUUCGGAAAGAGAGUCUCAUGUUGGUUAAAUUGACUGUUUUUUACUUUUGCAGUUUGUACUUAAGGUUUAAUAAAAACUUACUGACAAUUCACUGUCAUUUCUUUCCAACCUGCUCGUGUGUCUCUUGGUGUGCUGAUUUCCAACUGGAUGGCGAGGAGAAACUCUCCAAACUGCGUUAUAAUUUACAGUUCAGAGAUUUGUAACAUUAGAUGGAUAUUUUAGGGAUGUGUAAACCCAUUAGCCCUGCGACGGACUGGCAGCCGGUCCAGCGUAUAUUCCACUUCUGUUAUGAGAUUCUAUGUUUUUAUGUGUUUUAUUCUUUGUUUUAUUAUCUUUUAAUAUUCAAGCAUAUUGUAAAGUGUUUAUAUAUUUCACAGAAUUUGCUGUACUUCCCCAUGUCACAAGAUUCGAUGUAUUGCUCCAUUGUCAUGCAACCCGACAGUGAACUCUGCAAUACAUAUAGUUUAAGCAGGAAACAGAUGCGGGUCACCCAGACUACAAUAGAAAACGGAUGAGGCACCUAAACCACAACAGGAAAACAGAUGCGCGACUCCCUAACCACAAAAGAUUAAGUCAGCGCCACGUCUUUUAGAAAGAAGCAGACACACACACACAUAUACAACUGUUGGUUUAAAGGAAUUUGUAAAAGAGGAAAUGUGACGUAUUUGCAUACGCGAUGUAACCUAUAAAUAAAGAACUGUGCCUGCACUCAGGGUGUGGGUCUCGCCAGAGUCCUCACCCGUGCGCGGGGUCUCGCCAGAGGCCUCACGCAUGCACGUUGCUGUUAUUAUAUUC